AUGAAUAAUGAAGCACUUGAAAAGAAACCAAUACUAACGCUCUCAUUCCAGGCCAAGAAAUCAUCCACUGUAACUAAUGCCGAAUCAAGUGUCGAAAUACAACCAAGCAAAGCAGAACCCUCACCACGACUCUACGUGGGCAACUUUACAGACAAAGUAACUGAAUAUACCAUCAUGAAGCUAUUUGAAGAAUAUGGCAAAAUUGCUCGGAUUGAUUAUCUAUGGCAUCAAGAAGGUCCAAAGCAUGGAAUGCCUCGUGGAUAUUGCUUUGUAGAGAUGGAUUCUGUCGAGGAUGCAGGCCGAGCCUUGGCUGCUCUCAAUCGCAAAGUGGUUGCUGGAAGACCACUUUCAGUAGCCUAUUCUGCAGCCAAAUCUGAAGUGCCAGAGAGUGAUGGACUAACUGGCUGGCAACGACGAGCUGCAAAGGAGGCUCAGACAGCUGCGAUUGCAUCCGUCAAUCAAAAACUACAAGUAAAGCCAAAUAUGGGUGGAUCCAUUGAAAGUAAAAUCAAAACUCUCGAACGCAAACUAGCUCAAAUUCAGCAAACAGUCAACUCGUCAUCUAUUUUAAAUACCGAAGAUGUGAUUUCUCGGCCUGCCACAUCAAGAUACAAAACCAUGCAUGCGUCUAAACGGGAUCACAGCUUUGAAAUUGGACAGUAUAGACAGCAAUAUGCAGAACGAACACACCAAAGCCGACAAAAUGGACACGGGUGGAAAAUGACUGGUCAGGAAUUAUCAAACACAGUCAACUCAUCUCGGGGGAAGUCAUCUCGGUAUCACCCAAUUUCUAGACCAAAAUAA